AUGUGUAUCACAUUGAAUGAUGGCUCGAUUUAUCUUCUACCAGGUGUUGAAGCGUCUGUUAACAAUCUUACUAAAUUAUUUAAAAAGAAACGAGAAGAACUUCUUAAACAAUCUCAACGACGUCGAUCCAUUACUAUUGCUUCAGUUUCAUCUGUUCCCAACAUUAUGUCAACUAAUUUAGCAACACCACCUGUAAUUGUGGAUAAUUAUUCCAUUAACUCAUCCACAUCUAAUAUUUCGUCUGAUCUGAACCAAGGUAUUUCACCAUCAAUGACUCAUCUUCUUACAUAUGAAAUUAAAAGUCGUAUUGUAAAUACAGUUAUCGAAUGGCUUAAACAAAAUAGUGAAAAAUUAUCUUUGGUAAAUAUGAAUUUUCAAGAAGAUAUUGAUUUCAAAGUCGAAUUGAACAAUUCUGAAGAUGGUAUUAUUAUUCGAUGUAAAUGUGGCACAAAACAUGCCAUCGGUCAAGGGCGAGGAGUUCUUGUAUUCUCCAACAUUUAUCGACAUUUUAAAUCACAAAAAUGUUCGAUGAUAAUUGAAAAACAACGUCGAUCCGAAAGCCACAGUACACAUACAACUGAAGUAAAUGAGAAUUGUUCGACGUCAAUGAUCACAACAAACUCAAACUUAUCCAUGUCAACAUCAUCAACUCAAAAGGAACUUAAUUCUGUUGAUCCUCCAUUACACAGCAGCAAACGUCGUACUGAUUUAUCUUCUAAUACGUCGAAGUCAAAGAGAAAACGACGUAAUUAA